AUGGGUACCAAGGGGAGCCCCUGUAUGCAACCUGAGGUGCACCCCACCAUCCCCAGAGCUGCGGGAGCAGCGCGGCUGAGAGAGGCGGCUCCUUGUGGCGGGGAGUCCCAGAGGCCCCAUCAUCUCCCCUGCCUUGACAGACGUCGCUCGGCGCGGCGCGACCCCCCCCCCCGCCCGCUCCCGAGUUACCUCAGGGCGAGACCCGCGGGUGGUUGGGAGCCGCCGGGCCCUCCGCCGCCGCUGCCGCCUCUCCGUGCCCGGCAGCAGGAAGGCACGCAGGCCGGCCGGCUCCCCUCAGCUCCCCCGCCCCGAGAGCGGACCCCGCCGGCGAAGGUCACCGGGGCUCACCUGCAGCAGCGCCGCCGGGCCCCUCUCCAUGGCAUCCGCCCGGCCUCGCAGCAGCACCAGAAGGGGGCAGCAAGCCGAGGGAAGGAAGGGCUGAGGGGGCGUCCAGAGGACGAGGGGCCGCCCCGACACAGACACCGACACAGACGCCGCUCGCUUCAGCGCGCUUCUACCGCCCGCGCGCGCCCCGCUCGGUCUUUUAAGCGGCUCGGAGGCCCCGCCCCGCGCCCGCCGCAGCCAACCACGCCGCGCCGAUGUGACGUCAGCCGGGCCGCCGCUCCGGUUGGGCAGCCGGUGGCGACCUGCCUGCACGGGCGGGCGGAGGAAGCCCCGCCCACCCGUUCCGGAGGGAGGAGAGGGAGGGGGCGGCAGCGCAGGGCACGUGGGCAGCCACCAUAG